AUGAGCCCAAAUGUUAAACUCACUGUUGACUUGUUAGGCAAAAGUGUAGACUUAUCUCUAUAUAGAAGCAUGAUAGGUAUUCUUCUUUACCUUACUGCUAGUAGACCUGACAUUAGUUAUAGUGUUGGAGUGUGUGCUAGAUAUCAGGCUAAUCCCAAAGAGUCCCACGUGACUGCUUUAAAAAGGAUCAUAAAGUAUGUCAAAACCACUACUGAUUUUGGUGUGUGGUACAGCAAGGACACAUGUGAUGUCUUAGCUGGGUACUUUGAUGCUGAUUGGGCUGGGAAUGCUGAUGAUAGAAAGAAUACAUCGGAGGGUUGUUUCUAUGUGGGUAAUAAUCUGGUUUCUUGGAUGAGCAAAAAGCAGAACUCCAUCUCAUUAUCCAUUGCAGAAGCUAAGUACAUUGCUGCCGGUAGCUAUUGCACCCAACUCUUAUGGAUGCAAAAACUCCAUGAUUAUGGUAUUUGUCAAGAACAUUUCACCAUCUAUUGUGACAAUACCAGUGCCAUUAAUAUCUCUAAGAAUCCGAUUCAACAUUCUAGAACCAAACACAUAGAGAUCCGACAUCACUUCAUUAGGGAGCUUGUCGAAGAUGGUACUUUCACUAUUGAGUUUAUUCACACUAAUGAUCAGAAGGCUGACAUGUUUACCAAAACUCUUGUUAGUAAACGUUUCGAAUUCCUUCGUCAAAACAUUGGUGUUAUCUCCAUGGGUUGA